AAGCCAUCGUGAGGCGCAUUCGGUGAGGGUCCCUCUCAUCUACCGGCCGAUGGGCUGGAGCGGACUGUUCACCAUGAGGAUGUCGCACCCUCUGCCCUUCUCGCUGGAGGCCGAGCUUCGUGGGCCCCUGCUGCAGCUGCCCCUGGACCUGUGCAAUGCCCUGCGACAGGAAGUGGGUCACCAGGGCACCGUGCUGCUGGCUCCCCACCAUGCGGCCUGCACGCUCAUCAUGAUGCACCACGGCGCAGCCGGCGAGACGAAGCGGCAGCUCGGACGCCUCCUCGGUUUAGCCGAGGCUGAUGCACCGCCGCCAGGGGAAGCUGUCACCGACGACACGGCCGCAUGCGGAGCCGGCCGCCGCCACAGGUCGUUCAUCGACGUCUUCGGAGUGCACGCCUGCAUGCUCUUCUGUAGCGACUUCCACCGGCCGCGGAGGAAGCUGGGAGCGGCGGGCGCGAUGACCAGCUACCUGACGUUGUGCCACGACGCCAGCGUCCACCUCGCGGCUCGCUACCACAAGCCGCUGGCCAUGUUAUCGCCCCAGAUCCACGCCAUGGACUUCGCAACGUGCGCCGAGGAGUGCCGCCUCUACAUCGACGGCCUGUUCCGGGCACUGUCGGACUUUAGCUUCGAGCGACCCAUGUUCUCCGGCGACUGCGUGGGGCCCGACUCGUGGCUCGUGUUCGCCAGCAUGGCGCUGUUCGACGCAAAACUGCCCGCCCAGUUUCAGCCGUCCCGCGGAUGGUUCCGCAAUACCUGCGGCAGCGCCAGCGCCGUGCGCACGCUGCGACGCGUGGGAGCUCCAUACCGAACUGCCAGGUGCGACGACAUCUCGGCAACCGUGCUCGAGAUUCCGUACAACUCGCCGCUGCUGGAGUCCCUGGUCGUGUUCCUGCCGGACUGUCCGUUCGGCGGCCUCACGUCGCUCGAGCGGGGUCUCUCCAAGGACAAGAUCAUGGACUGCCUGGACCGCCUCGAGCAGCGGGGUCCCGUCGAUGUGACGCUGCCCAGGCUGAGGCUCCGCUGUGCUACCGACUUCGCCCGGCUCCUGCCCGCCAUGGGCGUUCGGGACGCGUUCGGAGACGCGGCAGACUUCUCCAACAUGGCCGACAUGGAAGAAGGAAGCCGUGGCUCCGGAGCAGGACGCCUGAAGGUGUCGGCCGCCAAGCACUUCACCGUGUUCCGCUUGGGCUUGCGUUCGGCGGCGGCGAGAAACGAGGCGCGGUCGACUGGGCUUCCGCCCAUCGUCGAUUGCGCGGACGGCCGCAACCUGGAGUUCACGGUGGACCGACCCUUCCUGUUCCUGGUGCUCGGCAAGGACCCCAGCAGCGUCUUCUUCCUGGGCUCGGUCACCAAGCCUAGUGCCUAGGGAGGCCCGUCAUGUCCUCCGAGAUCCCAAACGCGCCCAGGCGCGCCGUCUCGGAGGCCGUGCGCAGGAAAGCGGGUUGUCCACCUGCCGGCGCCUCCCGACGCGUCACGCACUGCUCAUGAGCAGGGCGCCGCCAUCUUUGCGGCGGCGCGACCCGUUUCUUUUCCAUGGAACUUUAAUUCGAUUACGUUUGUAACUUUGGCGAAAUAUUACUUCAUUUACGCGUCAUCUGCUUCGCUUGUUUCAACAAACAGUGUGAAAUAGUGCAGCGUUGCCUGAUGUUUUGUUGUUGUCGUGUCGGAAGAGAGAAAUCGCCACGCAUCACGAAGUCAAAAGUAAACUUGCGUAGCAUAUUUUUUUCCUGCGUGAUCCUUUAAAUGACGUUCAAUCGCCUGAAUGACGAUGCAUUUAUAGCGAUAGCAAGGCGACACAAAAAAUAGGAC